GGGACGGUUUGUGUUCGUCUUUUGACCUCUAAAAACAAGGUUGCUCCCAUUAAAACAACCACUAUUCCACGUUUGGAGUUAUGUGGUGCUUUGUUGGGUACACGUCUCUAUUUGAAGGUAUGCAAUUCACUUACCAACGUCUUCAGUCAUUGUUUCUUUUGGUGCGAUUCCACAAUAGUGUUAGGAUGGCUUUCCACACAACCAAGUAAUCUUAAUCAGUUUGUUCGAAAUAGAGUUAAUGAGAUUCAGGAAUGUACACUUGACCAGACGUGGCGUUAUGUACCUUCAAGAAGCAACCCUGCAGACUUAGCUUCUCGGGGGGUGAAGGCUGAUUGUAUCAGCGCGUCCACUCUUUGGUGGUCAGGUCCUCAAUUCCUCCAUGAGAGAACCAUACAUUUUCCUCCUUCUCCAAAUACACCACAAACAUUACCUGAAACUUCACUUCACACAGUUACACAUUGUAAUAGUAAAAGCAUUAACGUACUUUCAGAUUUAAUUCAUAAAAUGUCUUCAUUUACAAAAUUGAAUAGAGUUUUUGCAUAUAUCUUAAGAUUUAUUUACAAUUGUCGUAGUCCCAAUAAUAAAAAUAAAUCCUAUAUAACGAGUAACGAAUUAAAUUCAGCUUAUAACAGAAUUAUAUAUAUUUCUCAGCAGGAAAUGUUCCCUGAGGAAUAUAAUCAUCUUAAGUAUAAUCAAAUACUCCCUAAAAAGAAUCGUCUUAUAAGUCUUAGUCCAUUUAUUGAUUCUAAUAACCUUAUUCGCGUCGGUGGACGCCUUCAAAACUCUAACUAUAGUUACGACGUAAAGCAUCCAGUCUUAUUAUGUAGUAAACAUCAUUUAACUAAAAUAUUAUUUCUUAAAUAUCAUAAAUCACUGUUUCAUGCUGGCCCUCAGCUUCUUCUUGCCAAUGUAAGGCUCACAUACUGGCCUCUUGGAGGUAGAAACCUAGCUAAGCAAACUGUACGUAAUUGUGUUCGUUGCACGCGGUUUAAAGCUCAACCUAUUCAAGUCGUCAUGGGCAACUUACCCAGCGAGAGAACACAACUACAAUUUCCCUUUUUGAAUACAGGUUUAGAUUACGCUGGGCCAGUGCUGAUAGCCGACCGGAAGGGCAGAGGAUGUAAAUUAAUUAAAUCUUAUAUUUGCGUCUUUGUAUGUUUUGCAGUUAGAGCCGUGCAUCUAGAGCUAGUCUCAGACCUCACUAAAGAGGCCUUUCUAGGAGCCUUUAAUCGCUUUAUUAGUCGACGUGGUAAGCCUCAGCGGGUAUUCUCCGACAACGGCACUACUUUUGUGCGAGCUUUUAAUGAGCUUUCACGUCUUCUACAAGUUUCAUCCAAUACUAUUUCCAAUGACAUUGCAAACGAAGGUAUAGAAUUUAAAUUUAUUCCUGCAUACAGCCCGCAUUUUGGCGGUUUAUGGGAAGCAGCUGUUAAAUCCAUUAAAACUUUAUUACGUAGAGUCAUGAGUUUAACUCAUCUUACUUAUGAAGAGCUUUCAACCUGUCUCAUUCAAAUAGAGGCAAUUCUUAAUUCUAGACCUUUAACACCUCACUCCACCGAUCCUAGUGACCUAUCCUAUUUAUCUCCCGCUCACUUCUUAAUCGGACGACCGCUCACUACUGUUCCUCGUCCUCAGAUGCCAGACGACGUGAACCUGCAGCGCCUGCCUCGCUACGACCGCAUUGAGAACUUGCGACAGCACUUUUGGCGACGUUACUCAAAUGAAUACGUUUCUAUUUUGCAGCAAAGGGCCAAGUGGCAUACAGGCUAUCAAGACCUAAAACCAGGUACCAUGGUGCUAGUGAGGGACUCCCAUCUUCCUCCUCUUCUGUGGCUCUUGGGCAGAGUCACCAAUGUUCAUCCUGGGUCUGACGGGCGCAGCAGAGUUGCCGACAUUACGACGAGAAAGGGAGUCAUAACACGGGCAUACAACAUGCUUUGCCCUUUGCCCGUGCCUUAAUCGGAGACUUCUUGAAGCCUUACUACUUCAACCCGGGGAAUAUGUUCCUGUCGUCUCAUCGGCGAGAGUGGGGGCUUGCGUUCGUGGCGGAGCGGCGCUCGCACCUAGGCCGACGGCGGAACCAGUCGCCUUAAGAACUUGACCCGCGCGCACAUGCACUAACGCUAGCAUUACAUUAACUUGCAUCUAUU